CUUCCUCGGCAUGUUACCGAGGUCGUCGAACACGACGACGACGUUGCUCGGAUGCCGGACCGACUGGCCGGGCUGGUCAUCCGGCGCGCUCGAUCAGCGCGUUUCUUGACCUUCGACCACCACCGCGCCGCCUCCGUUUCCCCCUCUGCGGUCUCCCUCCCUUCCCCAUAUCCGCUUUACCACCAACCACGUUGCGCAGGCAAAGAAGCGCCUUUCCCCCCGCCGAUCGCGCUGCCAAAGACAACACCGGCUUUUGAUCAAAGGCCAACGCCUCAGCAUGCGAGGAGGAGGUCAGCGGGUGCGUGAACACGCCCCGCAUAUCUAUUUCUACUAACUAAAACUAUUUACUUGAUAAAUGGGAGCCGGGGAGGGAGGACGCGCGGGCUGCGCAACGGCGAGAAGAGCGGGGCCGAAUAAGGCCCCCUCUCUGGCAUUUUCGCCCUCAGACAUGGUCUGAGGGCGCGGCGAGUUCGCCUAGGACGCGUUAUGCGUCCUGGGCAACUCGCCGAUGGCUCCUGCGCCGCCUCUUCCCCCCUGCAUGCGUUGUACAGCGCGUUCUCCCUCCACCCCAUCGUCACCCCUCUCCCCCCACCCCUCACGCGAGAUCGCCGUGAAGGCAAUCCCGCGCGUCGCUAGCGGC